GGAAGUAACGGCCAGUAGCCGCCACUAUGUUGAUCGAUUAUUUGACCUCGAUCCCCAGAAAGUCCUUCAAGGCGUCAUAGAUAUGAAAAAUGCUGUAAUUGGAAACAACAAACAAAAAGCCAACUUGAUUGUUUUGGGAGCAGUUCCAAGGUUGCUGUAUUUGCUGCAGCAGGAGAGCUCCAGCACGGAGCUGAGGACCGAGUGUGCCGUGGUGCUCGGGAGCCUCGCCAUGGGCACGGAGAACAACGUCAAAUCCCUGCUGGACUGCCAUAUUAUCCCUGCCUUACUGCAAGGAUUAUUGUCGCCAGAUUUGAAGUUCAUCGAAGCUUGCCUCCGAUGUCUCCGUACUGUUUUUAUCAGUCCUGUGACUCCAGAGGAUCUGCUGUACACAGAUGCUACAGUUAUCUCCCACCUCAUGGCACUGCUCAGUAGGUCUCGAUACACACAAGAAUACAUAUGUCAGAUCUUCUCACAUUGCUGCAAACUCCAACACUGGCAUAGCUGCGGCUUUAAAUCAUUGCCUCAGCCACUUCUGUGUGCCAAUGGUCCGGAUCACCAAACCAUCCUAUUUAACCACGGAGCGGUGCAGAACAUCGCCCAUCUGUUAGUCUCCACCUCCUACAAAGUUCGAAUGCAAGCAUUGAAAUGCUUCUCAGUUCUAGCCUUUGAAAACCCCCAGGUGUCAAUGACUCUUGUAAAUGUGUUGGUUGAUGGAGAAUUGUUACCACAAAUUUUCGUCAAGAUGUUACAAAGGGACAAGCCUAUUGAAAUGCAGCUCACAUCAGCCAAAUGCCUUACUUCCAUGUGCAGAGCUGGAGCGAUACGGACAGACGAUUCCUGCAUCGUUCUCAAGACUCUGCCGUGCCUGGUUCGGAUGUGCAGCAAGGAGAGGCUGCUGGAGGAGCGCGUGGAGGGCGCAGAGACGCUGGCCUACCUGAUCGAGACGGACGUGGAGCUGCAGCGCAUCGCCAGCAUCACCGACCACCUCAUCGCCAUGCUCGCCGACUACUUCAAGUACCCCAGCUCUGUGAGUGCAAUCACUGAUAUCAAAAGGCUCGACCAUGACUUGAAGCACGCUCACGAGCUGCGCCAGGCCGCUUUCAAGCUCUACGCUUCUCUUGGGGCAAAUGAUGAAGAUAUCCGAAAAAAGAUCAUUGAGACUGAGAAUAUGAUGGACCGUAUCGUUAAUGGCUUAUCUGAAUCUAGUAUCAAGGUGCGAUUAGCUGCAGUCAGAUGUUUGCACAGUUUGUCCCGUUCUGUACAGCAGCUCAGGACAAGUUUUCAGGAUCACGCUGUAUGGAAACCUUUAAUGAAGGUUUUACAGAAUGCUCCAAAUGAAAUCCUAGUAGUAGCAUCUUCCACACUAUGCAAUCUUCUUCUCGAAUUCUCUCCAAGCAAAGAGCCUAUAUUAGAAUCAGGAGCCAUAGAACUUCUAUGUAGUUUAACACAGAGUGAAAACCUUGCCUUGCGAGUGAAUGGCAUUUGGGCUUUAAUGAAUAUGGCAUUUCAAGCAGAACAGAAGAUCAAAUCCGAUAUCUUGCGAGGUCUGAGUACAGAGCAGUUAUUCCAGUUGCUUUCUGAUUCGGAUGUAAAUGUUCUGAUGAAAACUUUGGGGCUGCUCAGGAAUCUUCUGUCGACUCGCCCGCACAUAGACCAUAUAAUGAGCACUCACGGGAAGCAAAUCAUGCAAGCAGUGACCCUCAUUCUGGAAGGGGAGCACAAUAUAGAAGUCAAAGAGCAGACAUUAUGUAUACUUGCCAAUAUAGCAGAUGGAACUACAGCAAAAGAAUUAAUUAUGACCAAUGAUGACAUCCUGCAGAAAAUCAAAUAUUACAUGAGUCAUUCAAAUGCUAAACUUCAGCUUGCUGCCAUGUUCUGCAUAUCUAAUCUCAUAUGGAAUGAAGAAGAAGGCUCACAAGAGCGACAAGAUAAACUACGAGACAUGGGAAUAGUAGAUAUUCUACAUAAAUUAAGUCAGUCAUCAGAUCCAAAUCUGUGUGACAAGGCGAAGACAGCACUCCAGCAGUAUCUUGCAUGAUCAAAGGCUAACUGAAUCUAUGGACACCCCUCCUGUCUACUUAAGGAAGAGCAGGAAAUAUUCCUGACUCCUUAUAUUUGCACAAGUCACCUUGGGCUGCAUUUUUCUCAGGUGCAGGGAGCUGCUUUGCAGAAACAGUUUAAAUGAUCAGGUCUCCAGCGCACUUGAGAACUUUCUUGAGGUAGUUUCUUUACUCAGAGGACUCCUGGGGGGUUGUUUUGGUUUUUUGGAUUUUUUUUUUUUCCUGAGCUACCUGGACUCUUGAAUAGAACAAUCAGUCGUCGUUUUCCUUUGGGCCUACAAUUUUCUGCUUUUGCUGCAGCCUGUGUGUGUGGGUGUGCGUGUGUUCGGGUGCGUGCGCGGGUGGACGUGUGUGCGUGUGAGACCUCAAUUUUGUUUUUCCUUUUUCUUUUUGAGUGUGAAAAUCUUUUUCUACAGGUUUUCAAGGGUUAACCAUUGUUUGCUGUACGAAUACUUCAAUGAAUUAUAUACAGUUUGAAUGAAAUGUUAUUUAAAAAAAAAGAAAAAAACAAACUGUUGUAACCCAUAAAGUUUAUUUUGAAUUUUGAA